GCCUACUAUUUCCUUAAACUACUCUUCCGUGUUAUCUAGGCAUUUGCACAUUGUCCGCGCGUGAUUAUGGUCGCCAGAAAUUUUUCUGUUCAAGAGAUACCAUAUUCGCGACUUUUACAAGUUCCUGAUGACGAUAGUGAUUUCAUUACGCUUCAAGAAUUAAAACCUGUCAUUGAUCAACAAAGCAUACAACAGUAUAAUUCAGCAACUUAUUAUGACAUAUCGAACAUAUCUGACAAUCCUUGUAGUUCGAGCACAUCUCAUCAAGAAAUUGAGAAUUCAAACAAUUUAAUGGAACUCCAAACUGUUGAUAGCACUGUCGUCCCUGCAAGUCGCAAACGAAAAAUAUCUUAUCAUGACACAAGUGACCCAGACGAAGACAAUGCAGAUGAUGUGAAGUCAGUGAAAACAUCUGAUGAAAAUAAAAAACAAAAUCAUAGCGAAAUAGAAAAAAGACGUCGCGACAAAAUGAAUACUUACAUUACGGAACUCUCAGCAAUGAUUCCCAUGUGCCACGCCAUGUCUAGAAAACUCGACAAGUUAACCGUUCUUAGAAUGGCAGUGCAACACUUGAAGACAAUACGAGGUGCAGUUCAUUCAUACACCGAGGGACACUAUAAACCAUCGUUCUUGUCUGAUCAAGAAUUAAAGCACUUAAUACUCCAGGCAACCGAUGGAUUUCUAUUUGUGGUUGGCUGCGAUCGUGGGAGAAUUCUGUAUGUUUCAGAGUCCGUAUCAAAAGUGUUACAUCACUCACAAGGAGAUCUCUUGGGCCAAAGUUUAUUUGAUAUUCUACAUCCAAAAGAUGUAGCUAAAGCAAAAGAACAACUAUCAGCGUCUGACUUAAAUCCUAGGGAACGACUAAUAGAUGCAAAAACAAUGUUGCCUGUCAAAGCCGAUGUGCCACAGGGUGGAUCCAGAUUGUGUCCAGGAGCAAGACGUUCUUUUUUUUGUCGAAUGAAGUGUAAAGUAUCUUCCCAAGUUAAAGAAGAAGCCGAUACAACAACGGGUUGUCAUAAAAGAAAAAAGCAACAGAAUUUAGACAAAAAAUAUAAUUUAAUACAUUGCACUGGAUAUUUAAAGUCUUGGACUCCAGCAAAAAUAGGUUUAGAAGACCAAGAAAAUGACGGAGAAAGUGAAUCCUGCAAUCUGUCAUGUUUGGUUGCAGUUGGGAGAAUUUUACCCGAUAUAUCUGUUGUUUCGAUAGUUACGCAAAGUAAGCCCCAAGUUCAGCCGAUCCAGUUUAUAUCUAGACACACUUUAGAUGGAAAAUUUCUAUUUGUAGAUCAAAGGGCUACGUUGGUACUUGGUUUUCUGCAACAAGAACUGUUGGGAUCGAGUAUGUAUGAAUAUUAUCAUCAUGACGAUAUUACUUCUAUAGCCGAAUGUCACAAAUGUGCUUUACAAAACACCGAUUACACAACAACAAAGAUUUACAGAUUCAGGACGAAGGAUGGAGGUUUUGUAAAAUUGCAGACUGAAUGGAAAUCUUUCAAAAAUCCUUGGACUAAAGAUAUUGAAUAUCUUAUAGCCAAAAACACUUUAAUAUUGACAGACUUUCGUACAGUUGAAAGUAGUGCUAGUAGAACAGAUGGUGUUCAAGAAAAUUUGGAAUUUUUUGCUCAAUGUGGCAAAGACAUACAAAGAUUAAUAAAUACACAUGUAGAAGCAAGUAAGAUUGGUCGUCAAAUUGCUGAACAAGUAAUGGACUCUCAAAGACGUGGAGGAGAUCUCUCAGCGAGUAGCAGUCCCAAAUCUGAGGCGGAAUCUUCGAUACCAGUUUCUAGCACUGAGAAUCACAUAACAAGUGCACAGCCAGAAUCUACAACAGUCAUACAGGAUUUGUGUGAAUCCACAAGGACAUAUAAUCAAGUCAGAAAUGCUGUGAAUGAUACAGCUGGAAAUACAGAUGAAGGAAUAAUUGAAAUAAUGGAAGACGCUGUUCGAGGAUCUCCGAAUAAUGAACCUGUCACCGAAGGAAAUGAUGAAGCUGCUAUGGCGGUUAUAAUGAGUUUACUAGAAGCUGAUGCGGGUUUAGGUGGACCAGUGGAUUUUUCUGGAUUGCCUUGGCCAUUACCUUGACCCCAAGACUAAAGUCUAUGUAACAAUUAACAUUUAAUGUUUUUAGUAACGUGCGCAAAGUAAAAUUUCUGCUUAUAUGUUCUAAAGUGUAAUGAAAAACAUCGUCAAGUUGACACUAGACAGCAGGAAAUAUCAUCGUCUACUACUCACAUCUGGGAACGCGAACGCCAGUUUAGUACCAACUCGAAGAUGAUUUUUAUUGAUUGAACAUUUCUAAAUUUCAUAGACUCCUAGAUUGUCAAGACUGAAGGAAAUCCAAACAAUUAUUGAAAUCUGACUCAAAAUUAGAAAUGCGCGAUCUUUCACUGCCGGUGAUUAUUAUUUCACCGUAAUCCGUUUUUCACUGUUGGUGGCAGUAAGUAACGGUGACCGUGAUUUUCCUUUUUUUUUUUAUUUACGCUAGGUAAACAAUUUUUUGAUCACUGUUAAUAUAACAGUCAGUGGUGAAUUCUAAUUUUGUAUUCUUUUCGUAAUAGUUUCAUUUUUGUGUUUAAUUUACCGGCUGUUAUUAUUUUUUCAUUCAUCGAGACACUGGCAUAUUCAGCUAAUAACAAAAUAAUGCUGGAUUUAUAGUUUGACGUAACCGUACAUGCAGUAAUCGUAUCAGUAAAUGUAGGAAGAUAAAGCAACGAACUUCAAUGGUAUCAUUUAUAGUUGACCGUAACCGUAAUCGUAUAAGCAUCUUUACCGUACGAGAUGGUCGUCUUUUAUCUUAACCGUAGUGACUAGUGCGGUCAGCCAAUCCCAUGGGAGAAUAUCAAUGGUAAAUGAAGAAAUCUGCUUGACCCACUUAUAUUUUAUCCCUGACAUUUAUCCGCUGAAAAAUCUGGAUUCUUUUAGCCGUAAUUUAUCCAAAAUUAAUCAUCCAGUAAAAAAUUCGGAUAUUAUAUUUUACUAUAACAGUCAGUCUGCCUUUUUAAGCAAGUAUCGUUUUAAUUACGACAAGUGAAGCCAUUAUUAACGUAUUUUCAUCUAGAUGAUCGUUAUUACAUAUUUUUAAUGUAUCUCUUGGUAGUUUGUAUGUUGUCUGUUAUUAUUAUACAUCCUUUAAAGCCUCGUCACAUAGACUGUGCUAUGGUAUGCUUAUAUGUUGUAUGUCAUGUUCAUGCUAUGUGAAUGUAUUUUUUCACUAGCAGCCAUGAAGCAUGCAAAUGUCGACUUAUUUAGAGGUAGCAAAUUCAACGUUUGCGACCACCGGUUCAAAAAGAAAAAUUGAGGUUAUGUACGCAAUGUUUGAUGUGAUUAUUUCUUAACCCUCGGGUGCCCAAGCCUGGGUCAAAUUUGACCCACGAACCACUUUUUUGCGAUUCUUUUCUUCAAUCUCUUAAAUUUUUUCUCCUGGAUUUUAUUUUUGCCUGUUUUGGUAUUGUCAACAAUAUGUGAAUAUUUUCCGCCACUUGAUUUUAGUUAUAUGAUAGUUAUCACAUAUUUGUUGCAGUGGGUCAAUUUUGACCGACUUUGGGUCUUCAACUUAUAGAUGUUUUAACAAGCUGUUAAAUGAGUAGGCAUGUAAUAGAUAAACAAAAAGAUGGCCUUUUGUUUAGUUUAUGAAUUUCCUAAUCCUUGCGGCCAUUAAUGCAUACAUUAUAUAUAUAAAAUGUAAAACUCAGUUUACAGACCAAGUGUUUCUUGAAGAAAGCGAUAAUUUCUCAAAGAACUCGGUCUUCAGCUAGUGCAGCCUCCCAUUCAGAGACGGGUGGAUAAUGGAUUUAAUUGUGUUCCUUAAGGCUUAUAAAUGGUAAUUGGCACUGUAGUUGAUACCAAAAUAGUUAAAAGGA